UAAAGAAUAAGUAAUAAUAAAGAAGAAGAGCUCCUAUGACGCUCCAGUGCCUCUGCCUAUCAUCUCGCUCGCAGCAGCAGCAGCAGCGCAAUUAUUAUUAUUGAUGAUUAUUGUGUAUUAUUUUAUUAUUAACCACACAUUGUGCGCGCGCGCGCGGACGUACGUACGUACUACUAUAUCCACAUUGCGCCAAGACGAUUAAAAAAAUACAUAUAACACGCCUUGUGUGUGUACUGCACACUCGUCUGCGAAAAAGAGAGCCGCCGCCGCUGCCACUCGUUGCAUUCAUAUACUGGUGUGUGCCGGCGAUAUACAACAAGUGGACUACGUGCCGAUUCGUACCAGCAGCAGCAGCAUCAGCAGACCGACGCGGAGACGCAAAAUGAGCCAAUACAUCGCGACGAGUAUCGAGGGAUCGAUUCAGAGGAUCGUUAUCGACAGGCCUCGCAAGCGCAAUGCCAUUAACGGACCGAUGUACCGAGAAAUGAUAAAAAUACUCGAUGAAUCAGCGAAAAAUCGCGAGGUCACGUGUCUCGCGAUAACCGGCACGGGCGACUUCUACAGCAGUGGAAAUGAUUUCGUUAGCAACUUGACGGCGGCCGACGAGUCCGCCACCGAUGUGGACGCGGCGACUCUGAUUAUCCAAAAUUUCGUCGACACUCUGAUCAAUUACCCGAAACUUUUGAUCGCAGUCGUGAACGGCCCGGCCAUUGGGAUUAUGGCCACGACCUUGGCUCUUUUCGAUAUCGUUUACGCGGCCGAAACGGUAUACAUUUCGACGCCGUUCAGCAAAUUGGGACUCAGUGCAGAGGGAUGCUCCACUUACACGUUCCCGAGAAUCAUGGGGCCCUCCAAGGCCGCGGAAAUGCUGUACUUUGGUGUACCCCUGAGCGCCAAAGAAGCCGCGGACGUUGGACUAGUCAGUCGCGUUUACAAAAAAGACGCCGUCGAUGAAAUUUGGGAGCAUUUGAGAAAAAUUUCCACCCUCUCUCCAGAGAGUAUAGUCGCAACGAAGCAAUUGAUUAGCCAUUGGAACAAAGAUAUACUCAUGAAGGUCAAUAGAAAAGAAUUAGAAGUUUUGAAAAAAAUAUACAUGUCACCGCAAUUCUUAGAAAGAAUGGCUAAUUUCAUGAUGAAAAAGAGUAAAUUGUAAAUAAGUUUGAGAUGUAAUUUAUAGGUCAUUAUGAAUUGUUGAAUUAAUGUCAAAAGUACUGUAAUAUUAUUUGUACGAUUUUUACAGUAUUUAAUACUGCUACAGGUCACUUAUAUUUGAACUUUUAAACUCUAGACUUCAUAGAUUAACAAAAUAUAAUAUGUAUUACCUAUUAAUACUGGGUGAGUGUUGAUCUCAUGUAUAUUGUAAAGUUAACAACAAUUUAUUUUUCUACUGAAUUUUUUUUUUUAAUAAACUUGAUUAAAG